GCCGAUAGAAUGGAACCUUCGAGCUUCUCCAGACUAAGCCCCUUCGGGCCACUUUGGGCGGCAGCUGCGGCGGCAGUAUUUCUGCAUGCGAUUUGCCCCCGCCAGCCAAGUUCUUGUCUCAUAGACUGAAGCGAUUUCUACUGUUGCUCGUCUACUAUACAUCUUGUUGGGACGAGAAGUGCAUUGUCCCCUCCUGAUCCAAAAAAAAAUGUCCAAGUGCGUCCACAAGGGUUGCGGGAAGGUCUUCACCGAUCCCGAAGAGCCAUGCGUCUAUCAUCCUGGACCACCGGUCUUUCAUGAGGGUCAAAAGGGCUGGAAAUGCUGCAAGCCCCGCGUCCUCACCUUCGAUGAAUUCCUCGAAAUCCCACCUUGUACCACCGGCAAGCAUUCGACUGUAGACGAUACCCCAGUCGAACCCCCCAAGAACACAGAAUCCGCUGCUGCUGAACUAGUCGCACCCCAGCCGGUAACUGCGCCUGUCGCAGAUAGCGGGGUACCACGGCCGACAUACUCGCCCGCCAUUGCCCCUCCGUCGAACGCAGCGACGCCCGCCCCCGAAGAAUCAGAGUCCGACGAUCCGUCUCUUGAGAUCCCAGCGAACGCCACAUGCCGUCGCAAGGGAUGCGGUGCGAACUACAACUCGUCCGUGUCGCGGGAGGAGGAGAAAUGUGUCCAUCACCCUGGACAGCCGAUUUUCCACGAGGGUAGCAAGGGAUGGUCAUGCUGCAAGAAGAGGGUUCUGGAUUUUGACGAUUUCCUGAAGAUCGAAGGCUGCAAGGAGAAAAAGAAGCAUCUUUUUGUCGGACAGGGCAAGCCAGCUGGUGAGGAGAAGGUGGAGAGUGUCAGAAACGACUUCUACCAAACCCCACACUCGGUCAAUGUCUCGCUGUACCUGAAGAAGAUCGACAAGAACCAGGCUAAGGUCGAGUUCUCUGAGCAGUCGAUCGAUCUGGAUCUCCCCACUACCGAUAACAAGCGGUACAAAGAUACAUACCAGCUGUUUGCGCCGAUUGAUCCCGCAAAAUGCCAAUUCAAGGUGUUGGGUACUAAACUGGAAUUGAUGCUGGUAAAGGGUGACGGGACCAGCUGGCCAGUCUUGCGGAGUGAUGAUAAAUGGAGUGGAGAGAGGAUCCAAAUUGGACAGGCCGGACGGGUCUGAGGUUACUAUAUAGCAUAAAUGAGACACGGAAAACACAUAUAUUGCACUAACACGGUUGAAACAUGGUGUCUGCUAAGCUUCAGAGGCGUACAUUCACUCAUAUCGCCAAGACAUAGCACUAGUCUGGGAGGGUUAUAUUGGCAUAUGACCUGCUAUGCUGAUCGCUCUUCAGCACAUCAUUGGGGCUGGAGUGCGCUGGUAUGUUCGUUUGAGCAUGGAAGUCGACACCGCUUCUUGUUUGGGAAAAGCAUAGGCUAUUGAAGUGAG